UAAUAGUAAUAAUAAUAAUAAAUAAGAAAUAAUAUACUAAUAAAUGAUAAGGAGCAGUAGAGACCCAAAAAGGAUACAUUUUCAAGGGGGCAGGAAAAUAUCGCUUCUGUAGAAAAAUAUGUUUUUGCUUUUAUUUUUAUUUAAUUUUUAAUUUUGUUAUUUUAAUUCACAAACGGUCCGCGUUUGUUGUGAGUAGAUUUUGUUUGUUUUCUUGCUGAAAUAAAUAUUGGGAAUUUUUUGAGGCUGCGGAGCUUCUUUUAUGUGUUGCUACUUUAAACUUUUUGGUGUGUGUGGUUGUGUCUUCAUUUUGGCCUAGCAGGAACAGGACGCUCUAUCAUGGUGAUACUGAUGAAAAGUUCAUUUCUUUACUGCGUGUGCCAGCAGGGAAUUUUGUCAUUUACUGUUUGAAACUUAGAUGCUGAGGACGAUGAGAAUUUGGGUUUUGUCUGUCUGUGGUCUGCGCUUCUGAAAUGAGAUUCUGAUUCAAAAAUGGUGAGGUUGGAAGUGAGAGAGUGUAAUAGAAGUUGGAGAAUUCCUCCAUUCCUUGGAUGUGUAUGUUCUGGCCUUCAUGCAGCUUUAGGUGGAUAGCAAUGGAGGGAUCAUCUGAGUCUGCUUGUCAGAAAUCUAGUAGUUCUAGGGGAUUGAAUACUUCAAGAAUCUCUAACCAAAAUCCGAGGCUUCUACAAUCUAGUAGGAUUGGCUUGUCUGGUGAAGUUUUGCAUGACUCUGGGUUUAGAAAGCAAAGGGGUAGUAGGGAUUUGAUUGGUCACGCUGAUCAAUUCCAGAAUCAGGGUGGUGGUUCAUCCGGAGUUUGUGAGGAUGAGGUAGCGGUGGACCCCAUUGUUCGUGCCAUUGAAUGGGGUGAUGUAAGCUUGAGACAGUGGUUAGAUAAACCAGAAAGAUCGGUUGAUGUAUACGAAUGCUUACACAUAUUUAGACAAAUAGUGGAAAUUGUGAAUGUGGCACAUUCCCAAGGAAUUGUUGUUCAUAAUGUACGGCCUUCUUGCUUUGUCAUGUCGUCUUUCAACCAUGUCUCCUUCAUAGAGUCUGCAUCUUGUUCAGAUUCUGGCUCUGAUACUCUGGAAGAUGGGCCAAACAGCCCAUGUUUGGAGGUGAAGAAUUUGGCCUCACCUUUGCCUGGGGAUUUGCAUCAGCAAAGAAGCAACGUGGGCAGUGAAGAUUUUCGACCCAUGACAGCUACAACAAAUGCUUUGUCUGAAACAAGUUGCAUGCAGUCAAGCUCAAUCAAUGCAGCACAUGAAUCAUUGGUACAAGAAGCUGAAGAAAAUAGAAGCAAAGGAAGGAGUGGUACUGAAGUAGAAGAGAAGAAACAACCAUUUCCAAUGAAACAGAUAUUGCUUAUGGAGACAAACUGGUACACCAGUCCUGAAGAGGUUGCUGGUGGUCCAAGUUCCUGUGCAUCAGACAUUUAUAGAUUGGGGGUUCUACUUUUUGAGUUAUUUUGCCCAUUCAGCUCAAGAGAAGAAAAGAGCAGGACUAUGUCUAGUCUGAGGCAUCGAGUACUUCCUCCUCAGUUGCUGCUAAAAUGGCCAAAAGAAGCUUCAUUUUGCUUAUGGCUACUUCACCCUGAACCAAAUAGUCGUCCUCAAAUGGGUGAAUUAUUACAGAGUGAGUUCCUUAAUGAACCUAGAGAUGACUUAGAAGAACGUGAAGCAGCAAUAGAGCUUAGACAGCGAAUAGAGGAACAAGAAUUGUUGUUGGAGUUUCUUCUGCUUAUACAACAAAAAAAACAGGAAGCAGCAGAUAAGUUACAAGAUGCCCUUUCUUUCCUGUGUUCUGAUAUUGAAGAAGUUAUGAAACAGCAAAUGAUUCUUAAGAAAAAGGGUGGGUCGUGCACAGAACUGACUAAGGAAGAUAACUCAACAUCAAGUCUUCCUUCAAUGGAUAUUGCUAAUGAUGAUGACUCUACUAGCCUGGGGUCCAGAAAACGUUUCAGACCAAGAUUGCAGAUUCACAACAUGGAAGAGUGUGAUGACAACCUAGAUGCUGACACUGAAAAUCAAGAAAGCAUUCUUUUUAGAAAUUCUCGAUUGAUGAAGAACUUCAAGAAACUAGAGUCAGCAUAUUUUUUGACGAGAUGCAGGCCGAUCAAGCCAUCAGGGAAACCACUGUUUAGACAUUCACCCCUAAGUAGUGAUGGUAGGGGUUCUAUUGUUGUAACUGAAAGAAGUUCUGUUAGUAAUUUGGCAUCGAAAGACCGGUAUAGUGAGGGUAGACAAAGUGGUUGGAUAAACCCAUUCCUGGAAGGUCUGUGCAAGUAUCUAUCUGUCACUAAAUUAAAGGUCAAGGCAGACUUGAAGCAAGGAGAUCUUUUGAAUUCCUCAAACCUUGUAUGCUCCUUAAGUUUUGAUCGUGAUGGAGAAUUUUUUGCUACAGCUGGUGUAAAUAAGAAAAUAAAAGUAUUUGAAUGUGACCCAAUAAUAAAUGAGGAUCAUGAUAUCCACUAUCCUGUAGUUGAAAUGGCUAGUAGGUCAAAGCUCAGCAGUAUAUGUUGGAAUAGUUAUAUAAAAAGUCAGAUUGCUUCAAGUAACUUUGAAGGAGUGGUGCAGGUUUGGGAUGUUACAAGAAGUCAAGUGUUGAUGGACAUGAGAGAGCACGAGAAGCGUGUAUGGUCAAUUGACUUUUCCUCAGCAGAUCCAACGUUGUUGGCCAGCGGGAGUGACGACGGUUCUGUCAAGCUAUGGAGUAUCAAUCAGGGAGUAAGUGUCGGUACAAUCAGAACAAAGGCCAAUGUCUGCUGUGUUCAGUUUCCACCGGACUCUGGUCGUUUCAUUGCAUUUGGUUCAGCAGACCAUAAAGUUUAUUACUAUGAUCUCCGUACCUCAAGGACUCCUCUUUGCACUCUGAUUGGGCACAACAAAACUGUGAGCUAUGUGAAGUUUGUAGAUACAACGAAUCUUGUUUCUUCGUCCACUGAUAACUCUCUGAAGCUCUGGGAUUUAUCAACAUGUACAUCUCGAGUUAUUGAUACUCCAAUUCAAUCCUUCACUGGCCACAUGAAUGUAAAGAAUUUUGUGGGCUUGUCAGUUUCUGAUGGUUAUAUUGCUACUGGCUCAGAGACAAAUGAGGUUUUCAUAUAUCACAAAGCCUUUCCAAUGCCAGCAUUGUCAUUCAAGUUUCACAACUCGGACCCGCUUUCUGGGCAAGACACGGAUGAUGCUGCACAGUUUAUCUCUUCUGUUUGUUGGCGUGGCCAUUCCUCAACCUUAGUGGCUGCAAAUUCCACAGGGAACAUCAAAAUUUUGGAGAUGGAUUAAUUUAACUGUCUGAUCUCCUGGAUGAUGAUGUUUCAUUAUUCAUGAUUCUAGCAGAGGUAAGAAAAUCUGUACCAGAGAAAGCUUGCAAGGAUUGCAAGCAGCAUAACAAAUUUUGGUAUUAGAUCAUAGGGGAUUUGGGUAAUGUGAAGAGUGAUAAUAUUCAUUAUUCCAAUAUCAUGUAGAUAGAAAUUCAAAGGGAAUGAAAAAAGGUUAAAAAGUCAGUAUUUUGUACAACUUGCAAUGCUUGCUUGUCCAAAAUCAAUUUAUAUGAUAUUAUAAAAAUAUUAUUUUCAAUUA